AUGCAACAACCUCUAUUGUAUCCAUUUUAUAUGGGUACAUCACGUCUUCCCGUAUCUAUUCCAUGGUCUUCAGGUUCGUUCCAUGUAUCGCCUUCUCGUCACAAACGAUAUCUUUUCCCAUCUCAAAUUUCUCAACAAUUCUCACCAUUUAUUCAAUCUCAACAACAACAAAAUCCAUAUCCAACAAUAGUACCUGCAUCACCAUCAUGUUCUAAUAGACGUUAUCAACAUUUAAAAAAAUUAACCACUUAUCAUAAUCGACAUCCUUCACAUCGAUCAGUUAAUAUUUCAAAAAAAUCGUAUCAUAAUUAUGGAUAUAAUGAACCAAUAUAUACUCAUCCAUAUCAACCAUCAAAAACAAAAUCUGUUUCUGAUCUUAAACAUAUGCCUCAAUUUACUUCUAUUCAAAUGCCUAAAGCACAUUCAUGGCAUACAAUGAUGAAUAAUCAUCGUCAAACUAAUUUAAGUGUUGCUUAUGCAGAAGAAAUGGAUUUAACUCCAAAACAUCGUCGAAAACGUUCAACAAAAAAACACAAAAGAAAACAUUCUCAAAGACAUUUAUCAUUAUCACCAAAACGAAAUUCAUCAUUUCUUCAACAGCAAAAACGAUCUAUACAAAUGCCUGAAUGUGGUAUUGUUCGUAUAUCAACAUUAGAUGAAAUGCCAAUUAAUAAUAAUAAUAAUAAUAACGAUAAUAAUAAUCAAACAAAUAAACGAAAUAAUAGUAUUAAUAAUGAUCGUUUAUCAAUGACAGGUAGUCUAUUGAAUUUAAGUAAACGUCGAAAAAUAUCAAAAGAAAAUAAUUCAAUAAAAAAUCGAAAGAUUAAUAUAAAUGAAGAAACUCGUAUAGAUCUUGAUACUGAGUCAUCGUCAUCGUCAUCCAGUAGUAGUUAUUCAUCAUUACAACAACGUCUAAAUGGUUCAUUACGUAAUGAUCCAUUAAUUAGUGCUGCUAUGGAAGAUUUUCAACAACUUCGUCGAUCAUCCAGUCAAAAUACAUCAAUGAUUUCUUAUAAUCAAAAUCUAAGUCGUGAUAAUAGUCUUUCUUCAAAUUCAACAUUACAUUCAUCAACAAUAUCUCAUAAUAAUAGUCAAUCAAGUUUUACAUCUAUUGAACGUUCAGAAAUUCGUGGAUUAAUUAAAACAAUUAAAACACAAAGUACAACAUCAAUUCCAAUAUCUGUACCAUCAUCUGAACAAUCAAUAAUAUCAAAUAUUCAACAAUUAACAACACGAAAAACUAAACCAAAAAAAUCUUGUGUUACAGAAGAAUUAGAUCGUAAAUUUAAUAAAUUACGUGCACUUGAUCCCGAUCAAGAAUUAACUUGUGUAAUACCAUCAUCAAUAUGUAAACGAAAAAAAACAUUAGAAAAAUCUUUUGAAAAUAUUCCAUCUGUACCAAAAUUGGAUGAACUUUUACGUCAAGUUCAAUUACGUCCAGUUAAUAAAUUAAUGAGACCUAAAUCACCAUUAAAAGAAAAAUCAAGAGAUGAUAAUUAUGAAAAUCCAUUAUCAUGUAUUCCUGUUCCACAAAGUAGUCCAAUACCUACACCUGAAAUAAAAAUUGAAGAAAUAAAACAUGAUUAUGCAGUACCAAUAAAAAAAACUGAAGAAAAACUUCCACCGCCGCUACCACCACCACCACCAUCAUUAUGUCAUUUUCAACCAAUUCGUAAAUUUAAUUUAAAUAAACCAAAAAUUUUUAAUAAUAUACCUGAAAAACGAUCAAAAUUUAAUUGGCUUCAAUAUGGUCUAACAAAUCAAAUGCCAACAACAUUUCAACCAAAUUUGAUUGUUAAUAAUCAUAAUGAACAUGGAACGAAUAAUGUUAAAGAAAAUAUUUAUACAUCAGAUAUUGAUAUAUAUAUACCAUCAUCAACUACAGAUAAAAAUGAUGAUAAUACUCUUCAAACUCAUCUUGAUAAUCAAACUAUUGUAACAGAUGAUUAUUAUUCUGAUUUUGGAACAAAACAAAUAACAAUUUCAUCAUCUUUAAUAGAUGAUUUUUCAAAUUUAUUUACACGUAAACAUAAACAAGAAGUUAAAUUACAUAAAAAAACUCAACGUUGUUCAAUUAUGUAG